UGCACGUAGGCAACCGGAUGUGGUUGUUUUGAUAAUUCGUGAACGUUCUCUCAAAGUUUAGUGAUUAUAGUGGUCUGUAAGAUGUUGCCGGUAUUGUCGAGGAUUAUAAGGACUGCUGGAGGGAGUCAGUGCAGGAGCUUCGCCAGUUUGACGGGGCUUUUGCAAUCGCAAUCAGCGGAGAAGGAAAAUGAGAUGGUGAAGGCUUUGCGAGAGGCGAAAAAGAAUCAAAGCGGCAGGAAUAUAUUCGACAGCAUCGUCGAGAAGCAGAUAAAGGUGGACGUGCUGUACGAGGACGAUCAUUGCAUGGCCUUCAAGGACGUGAAUCCACAAGCGCCGACGCAUUUCUUGGUCAUUCCGAAGACUCGCAUUCAAAUGUUGGAGCAGGCGACGGACGAACACGAGAGCAUCCUGGGCAAAUUGUUGCUGACCGCCAAGAGAUUGGCCAACGAACGACUGCCGAACGGCUACCGUGUGGUCAUCAACAACGGUCCGGAAGGAUGUCAAUCGGUCUAUUAUUUGCAUGUCCACGUCAUCGGUGGUCGUCAGUUGACCUGGCCGCCCGGCUAAAGUUAUUUUGUUUUUGGCUAAAAAUAAUACCGCCUAGUAAUAAAUGUGGCAAUCUCUUAUCAGUUGGCACUACAUGUUGAGCGUA